CUGAAGGGUACUACAGGUGAAGGUGAGGCUUGAACCUGCAACCUUUGAGUCCAAACUAAGGUAGCGGCUCCAAUCACCGCACUACCAGCUGCUCCAGUACAUCUGCACCUGGUGUCUUCCCUGCUGCUGUGGUCAGUUGAGAGGUGUGGCUGAAAACGUGUUUUGGGUAAGGUCAAAAACAGGAUUGAAUUACAGUCAAGGAGUUUCUGGGUUUCCUCUACACACUCGCUGCCAGGAGUGUGUGUGUGACACUGAUGUCAUCCUCCCCUGGUCUGCAGUGCUGCCACCUGCAGGAGGCGAUUGGUACGGCACCCAUAUUAAAUCUCCACGAAGAACAGGAGUAAUAAAGAUCAAAUAUAGUAAACAUCAACAUUUUGAUCAUCUGUGGCGUCACCAGAAAUGUGAACAAUAUGUUAUUAAUACAAACCGUACCAUUUUCACAGUGUUUUCAUCUUAAUGUCUAACUACCGUAGUAUUGAAAGAGUUAAGAGUGCAUGCAGUCGCCUAAUAAUUACUAGAAAUUUACCCUCCAUCUUCAUGAUGCAAACAAAGGCGUUUCACGGUUAUUUCUCAAUAAAUUGCAGCCGUGGAGCAACUUCGUGGGUUUGGUUCUAUACUUUUUCUGUACUUCGUUCCUGUUUUAUUUCUUCACGAAUGUUCGUUUCGCAACUUUCUUUUCAUCUUUCUUUAUGCAACUUCCUCCCAAGCACGACCAGGGUCCCAGCAGCGGUACUAUGGCGGAAUCGGGCAGCAUAGAGGUCACGGUGAAGACCCUGGACUCCCAGAGCAGGAGUUACACCGUCAGGGGAGAGUGGACAGUGAAGGAGUUCAAGGAACACAUUGCCGCUUCUGUGGAGAUCCCUCCGGACAAGCAGAGGCUCAUCUACCAGGGCCGAGUACUGCAGGAUGAAAAAACGCUCGCCGAGUACAACGUCGAUGGGAAGGUCAUUCACCUGGUUGAGCGGGCUCCCCCUCAGACCACGCACUCUGGUGCUGGAGGACCUGGGGUCUCUGGCUCAGCAGGCACAUCAGAUGGAGCUUCACCAUCCACGCACUCAGUAUCAGCAAACACCACCCAGGGUGCAUCGCAUGACCGCAACGCCAACAGCUACGUCAUGCUGGGCACCUUCAACCUGCCGGUUAACAUCAUGGACCCCCAGCAGAUUCAGAUGUCAGUUCAGCAGAUGAUGGCUGGUGUUGGGGAAACUGGUCGCAGUGCUAGAGUCAGCACAAGCACAGGGAGCAAUGGAUCUGUGGACGUGCACAUUAACGUGGACCAGUCUGUCCAGAGCGAACCACGCCUGAGGCUGCUGUUGGCUGAGAACCUGCUGAGGGAUACGCACUCACUCAUCCACAGACUGGAGGGUCAGUCUAGUGAUGCUCCUACUCAGCAGGAUCCUGUUGCUCCGCCAUCGUCUGCAUCUUCCUCUAACCCCUCGGCUCAGCCUAUGGACACCUCCCCUCCACCACCUCCAUCCUCCUCUACCUCCUCCACCCAGACUGAGGGACCACCACAUUCUGGACCCAACCACCCAAGUCCAGUUGAGCUGGUGGAGGUCUUAUCAGAGUUGCGGAGGGUGGAGGAUAGACUGCAGCCCUUCAUCCAGAGGACCCAUUCCAUCCUGGGUGCUGCAGCAUCAGCUGAUUACAAUAACAAUACCCACGAGAGGGAGGAGGACCAGCGUGUUCUCAAUCUGGUCGGAGAAGCACUCAGACUCAUCGGCAACGCCCUAGUUGCCUUGAGUGACCUCCGGUGCAACCUGUCCACGGCGACCCCCCGUCACUUGCAUGUGGUUCGACCUUUGUCCCACUACACCUCCCCUAUGCUGCUUUCUGGGGCUGUGCCCCACAUCCCCAUUCCGAUAAACAUGGGAACGACGGUGACGAUGACCUCCAAUGGCAGACAGACGGUAGAGAGCCAGUCGCAGUCCUCUGUGACUCCUGGUCAAUCGGAGCAGACGACACAGGGGCAGCCUUCGGCUUCGCAGACUUCCUCUCAAGGGCAGGGUCAGGGUGCACCUCGCGUGAUCAGAAUCACCCAUCAGACCAUGGAGCCGGUUGUCAUGAUGCAGAUGAACCUGGAUGACUCUGGUAGUGAGCAUCAGACCGCAGGACAACCAAACCCUGCCGGGCCUGGACAGACCGGAACCACACCUCCAAUCCAGAUCCCAGGCCUUCCACCAGAGUUUAUGCAGGCAAUCAUGCACCAGAUCUCCCAACAGGCUGUUGCCAUGGCAACAGCCGCAACUGCAGGGCCGCAGGGCCAGCAACAGACGAACCAUGGCUCCAACGCAGGUGCUGAUACAGCCACACCAGCUCCGGGUCCUCACCCACCCCAGGCCCGAGUGGUCAUCACUCGGCCUUCCUUCUCUCCCAGUAUGCCACAACCCACAGUGGCAAGCAGGGGAGCUACAAUCAACUUGAGGGCAACAGUGCCUCCCAGCGGAGGACCACAGCCAGGACAGGCUGGCCCCUUGCCACCCUCCUCCCUCACACAGAUGAUCAGUGGUCUUGUGGGACAGCUCCUCAUGCCAGUCCACACGGGUGAGCACACGUCCACAUCCUCGUCCUCCCAGACUUUUACCUUCUCAUCGUCCUCUUCAUCUGCCGCUCCUCCAUCCUCAUCUGCUAACUCCUCCAGUCAGACCUCCACAAGCACAGCUUCCACUGGCCACACUUCUCAGCCUCCGGACGGUCCGCCUGAGGCUGGCUUGGCACAGCUGCUAGGUUCUCUACUGGGUGGGGCCACAGGGGCAGCCGUGGGUGCAGGAGCUGCGGGGGCCAUGGCGGCAGGCCUUGGGCCCACCCCCUCAAUCACAGUGACCAUGCCUGGUGUCCCUGGUUUUAUCCAGGGGCUGACUGACUUCAUCCAGAGCAACCAGCCUGUUUUUCCUCAGCCUGGCCAGCAAUCUGCUCCUUCCUCUGGCUCUGCUCCUGCUCCCUCUCCCUCUGCAGCUACAGCUCCUCCUGACUCUGCCUCCAGUGGGGGUGUGGGUGGUCCUGCUGAGAUGCUGGGUUCAGAGCUCUUCACAGGCAUAGUUCAGGGUGUGCUGUCCACCAUGAUGGGCUCACUGGGGGCCUCCCAGAACAACACGGAGAGUAUCGCCCAGUUUAUACAGCGUCUUUCCCACACCACCAAUCUGUUCACCCCUGGCACGGGAGAUGCUGUAGGGUUUUUCGGGGACCUGUUGUCACUGGUGUGCCAGAGCUUCUCCAUGGUUGACAUGGUCCUCCUGCUUCAUGGCCAGCACCAGCCACUGAGCCGCAUUCAGCCACAGCUCACGGAGUUCUUUACCGAGCACUACUUGCACGGAAGGGAGCCCACAGAUGCCAAUAUUGCUAGUGCAGCAGAAGAUCUUAUAAAUGGACUGGAGGAGUACAUCACUGAGAGUUUUUCCACUGUGGCAGUGCAAGAUGGGGUGGACAUCACGCAGACCAAUCUGUCCUUCUUCAGGCAGCAAUUCACACGCAUUGCCACACACAUCCUGCGCUGUUCAGACCACACCUUUGGCCCCCGUCUGCUGCUGCUUUGCACCCAGGGACUCUUUGAAUGUCUGGCCCUUAAUCUCUACUGCCUGCAAGGGGAGCAGAGAGCCCUGACAACUGUCAUCAACAACCGCAUAAGGAGGAUGUCUGCCGAGGUAAACCCCAGUCUGGUCAACUGGCUGACCAGCAUGAUGUCAAUGAGGCUGCAUGUCAUCCUGGAGCACAAUCCCAUCACUGAAGACCAGAUCUUACAUUAUGUUGUCCGCACACAGAGUGUACCAACAGUGAGGACUGACCCGGAAUCACAGCCACUGUUGGAAUCAGAUGCUCAGAGUAUGGAGCAGGUGGAGGAGACCCAUUCUCCUGCACCGGCCACCACAGCAGAGGAAGCCAUGGCAUCGUCUUGUGAAACGGGUGACAAGGGGACCUCAUCAGGUGACACAGGUGCUGUGGGAGGGGCAUCUGCUGGGGAAACGAGAGGAGCUGCUGCUGCUAUCCCUCCUGGAGGGAGGGAGCAAUCUGGGGGAGAGGCGGAGCCUUGGGCUGCCUCAGUUCCUCCGGAGUGGGUGCCAAUCAUCCGGCAGGACCUGCUGUCUCAGAGGAAAAUGAAAGCACAGCCCCCACUGUCAGAUGCUUACUUACAUGGCAUGCCAGCCAAGCGCAGGAAGACCACGCAGAGCGACGGGCCCCAUCUCUCCCUGUCUGAGGCGGUAAAUCGGGCUGCCAGGUCAGCUGGAGUCCGCCCAGUUGCUGCCCCAGAGGUCCUACAGCGGGACCUAGAGAGACCUGAGCUUCAGGAAGCCUACACAGAACAGAUGAAGAGUGAUAUCAAGAAGAGGCUUCGAGAGGACCCUGACUUCAGCCCUUCCUCUCAGCGUUUCCCCAACACACACCGGGCUUUCUCCUUUGACUCCUAACCCCACCGGUUCCAAACCCAGCAAUGUCCCUUGUGUGUCCAUUCAUUCCAGAUAUAUGGCACACAAGUGCUCAUACUGGCAGAGCAAAACACCUCUCUGGAUCUGGAAGAGGAAACAUAGUAUUGGAGAUGGAAGCUGUUACUGAACUGACUCAUUACAUUUGGCCAUUGGUGAUCUAUAACCUUGUUAGUUAUAAAGAGAUCAACAGUCUGAACUUCAUGUGGAUUACUUCGUUACCCUUCUGCUUCCCACAAUGUUAAUGUCCCUGACCAACUGACUGUGUGUGUCGGGGAGUCAAUGCGGAUGAAGACCCAAAACGUUGGACCAAACUGUCUUGGCUGUAACUCCAUGUCUGUCUUUGUGCUCUUCCACUGUAAAUGAAUGUGAUUAAAACUGUAAAUGGUCAUUAAGUUGAACUUGUUUAUAACAAUUUGCUUGUCUUGUGAAAGGUGAUUACUUAUUUAAAAAAAAGUACAUUUUUAAUACUGCAGUCUAAAUGUGGGAGAAAACAGAUCUUGACUCUUGUCUUUCACCAUCAUAAAGGUGAACAGUUAGGAAACACUUUCAAUUUAGAAUAGUGACUAUGAAUGAUUAAAAUAAGUAAAUGUAGAUAUUCACUGAUGUAUAACUACCAUUAUCAUUUGACUGGGUUUCUAUUCUUAUGGGCUAUUCUUGUAUUUACAGUUUUUGAUGUAAAGAGAAGCUGCUUGUGCUUUGAAAUUGUGAAAAUAAAGAAGAUUCGAAG